AGAAGUUGUGUCAUGUCAACUCGUGCAUCUGGUUGCCAUCGGGAACUGAAGUGCAGUAGUCAGCCAACCAGAAGGGUAGAUGCUUCGCCUCCUCGCCUUGUCUCUUCCAGAAACUGGUCUGACGACCUACCCAGUUGCAGCAUUCAGUCUGUCUGUCAGCCAGACUUGGACUCUAUCAUUGCUUGAUCUGUCGCUUUUUACUUUACUUGGCCUGAUAUUUGGCCCCGUCAUUUGCUCUGUACUUUGCCUUACCUUCUGUCACCGUACUGCCUGUCGCACCUUGGCUGCAGCAUCUUUGUCCUACUUCCGCUACUGCUGACAGCUGCCCUCCUGCUUACAAUCGGCCUCCUGCUUACAGGCCCCCUCCCGCUUACAGGCCCUGCCUGGGCCGGCUUACCAUCGACGUCACAUACCUACCCUGCACUGAAUUCAACACAACGCAUCGCAACUCCAAGACCCUCACAAUGGCAGACAUAUCGACAGUCAUGUCGCAGGCAUCUAUAUCGUCCACUGCCUACUCAUCAGCCACAACCUCGGACCCGGGGGAGGCGUCCUCUCCGUUAUCAUCCCGCUCGGCCGCGACGACCCCCGAGCCCGGGACGCCGGAGACCAAACCCCAGGACCAAGAUAUGCUCUACGGGCCCUUUGAGAGCCGCCCCUUUUACGAUGAAUUCAUACUUCCACGCAUCCCCAAAACGCAGCCCGUCCAGCCCUUGUCUCUGGACGCCCAGAACCCUGACAACUGGGUUCCCCGAGAUGAGCGCAUGGUGCGCCUCACUGGCAAGCACCCAUACAACGUCGAAGCUCCACUGUCUGCACUCUUCAACACGGGCUUUCUCACGCCCCAAAACCUCUUUUACGUCCGAAAUCAUGGUGCUGUGCCAAAGGUCACGCAGCACCAGGCCCAGAACUGGAAGAUUAGGGUGCAUGGCCUUGUAGAGCGAGAGAUGGAGUUUUCCAUCCAAGACCUCAAGGACAAGUUCCCCACAGUCACGCUACCCAUAACUCUCGUCUGUGCCGGCAACAGGCGGAAGGAGCAAAACGUCGUCACAAAGGGCCUUGGCUUCAACUGGGGCGCGGCAGGCGUCUCGACUGGACUGUUCACUGGUGUCUACCUGUCCGACAUCCUCAAGUACUGCCAGCCCAAGAGACCUCUCCUGUCGUCGUACCCGUCCUAUGACACUGUCGUGCCUGGUCGAGCACGUCACGUAGUCUUCGAAGGCAUCGAUGAGCUACCGAAAGGGAAGUACGGCACCUCCCAAAGACUCAGCUGGGCCAUGGAUCAGGAAAAAGGCAUGUUGAUUGCGUGGGGUCUCAACGGCGAAGACCUUUCUCCAGACCAUGGGUACCCGCUUCGACUCGUCGUGCCGGGCCAGAUCGGUGGGCGCAUGGUCAAGUGGCUGAACCGCAUCGAGGUAUCAGACCGCGAAAGCCAACACCACCUGCACUUCUUUGACAACAAGCUUCUUCCGACACAAGUCACCGCUGAUCAGGCGAGGAAUGAGGACAAGUGGUGGUACGACCCGAAAUACAUCAUCAAUGAACUUAAUGUCAACGCGGCGCUCUGCUCGCCUGAUCACAACCAAGUCGUGCCAGUAGCACCUGAGGCUGCACCAAAACAGACUUUACCCCUCGAGGGUUACGCUUACACCGGAGGAGGUCGUCGCACCACCCGUGUCGAGAUUAGUCUUGACGAUGGUCGAAACUGGGAGCUCGCGGAUGUCACAUGCCCAGAAGAUCUCUACCGCAUGCAUCCCAUCCAGAACCAUCCCUACUUUGGCAAGCUGGACCUGAGCAUGUCGGAAAUGAGCUUCUGCUGGUGUUUCUGGAAGCUGGAGCUUGACAUGCAACGACUCAUCGACCAGGACGUCCGCGUUAUAUCUGUCCGUGCCGUGGACGAGUCGCUCCAGCAUAUGCCUCGGGACAUGGCCUGGACCGCCAUGAGCAUGAUGAACUCGUGGUGGUUCCGUGUUGUUGUCCACAAGGAAGACGGCGGCCGUUCCCUCCGCUUUGAACACCCAGCACCUGUGGAUCAUGAUAACCGCGGCUGGAUGAUGCGCCUCAAGGAUCAAGGCAUGGAUCCCAAGUAUCCUCACUUCGGAGGCGACAGCCCCUUUAGUCCGCCUUCUAACCCGCCCAUUACUGAGAAAUCUGCAUCAACGCCUGGGCUCUCUCAGAAGGAUAAAGACCUGGAGUUGAUGUUGAACCCUGAAAGGACGUCCAACAUCAUCACGGCUGCCCAGCUCGCUAAACACGGAGAUAGCGAAGGCGCUGAGCCGUGGUUCGUCGUCUAUGGCCACGUAUUUGAUGGUACGGGUUAUCUCCAAGACCACCCCGGAGGAGCCCAGUCCAUACAGCUGGUGGCUGGAGAAGACGCUACCGAGGACUUUCUGGCCAUCCACUCCGCAGACGCCAAAAAGAUGUUGCGUGAGUACCACAUCGGACGGCUAGAGGAAUCGUCUACAACAUUGGCAGCGCCAGUGGAGGAACAGAUCGAUGACCCCUCAAAACCGUUCUUGGAGCCGAAACGGUGGAAGAAGACUCGGCUUGUACAGAAAACAGCCGUGUCUCGGGACUCGCGAAUAUUCCGCUUCGCCUUGUCCCACGAGGACCAGCUGAUCGGUCUUCCCGUCGGCCAGCACGUCUUUGUCCGGAUCAAGAGGACCAACAAGCUCACCGGAGAGACGGAGACGGUCCAGCGUGCUUACACCCCUUACAGCGGCAACUAUCAGCGUGGCUUCCUCGAUAUCCUCAUCAAAGUAUAUUUUCCAGGUGAAGCUGGCACCACAACGUCGUCUCCGGUCUUUGCGGGUGGCAAGAUGACCAUGCUUCUGGAGAAGCUACCUGUAGGCACGGACUCGGACGACAUGAGCAUUGAGCUCAAAGGUCCCCUGGGCCAUUUCACAUACCUUGGCCACAGCCAGGUCCAGUGGAAGCCCGCGCACCGCACCCGCAACAUCAAAAAGCUCGCCAUGAUUGCCGGUGGCAGCGGCAUCACGCCCAUCUGGUCGACGCUUAAGGCCAUUGCGGACGAGUACAUGGCAACCCCGCCCGCCGAGCCAAUCCAGAUCUGGGUGGUAUACGGCAACCGCACAGAAGACGACAUUCUGGUCCGUAAGGAGAUGGACGAGCUCUGCGCCGCGCUACAGCACAACCUGCACAUCUGGCACGUGCUGAGUCUGGAGGAAAAGCUGACGGAGGAGUGGAAGAUGGGCCGCGGACACGUGAACCUGGAUUGCUUGCGCGAGCAUCUGCCUGCGCCUCCGCCUCCGCCGGUGGCAGACGAGCUGGAGGACACGCUGGCACUGGUGUGUGGGCCUCCAGCGAUGGAGAAGGGUGUGUCUACGGCGCUGCAGGAGCUAGGGUGGGAUUUGGAAAGGACCGUGGUCUUUUUCUAGUUUUCUUUCCCAAAAAUGUAUGACAUGAUGAUUGGACUCAUUGAAGA